UGAAGAGAGAAUACAAAUCCUUUUCUCUAAUUAUAGGAAAAAAAAAAGAUUGUGAAUCAUGGGAGAAGUUGCGGCAAAGAAGUUAUGUUUUGGCUCAGUUCAACCGUGCCAAACCAAAGUGUUGCCAAGUGCUGGUUCAGCAUUCAAAGUGUGGCAAAAUCCCUCUGCCAAACAUUUAAAGUCCAAUACCGUCCCAAUUUUUGAAGGCAAAGGAGUGGAAACUGGCUUGAAUCUCAAUGUGCCCACCACAGAAGAAAUUGAUCAAGAUCACAUAAAAAAGAUGAAGCGACGGAUGGCAAAUCGAGAAUAUGCAAGGAAUCACAGACUAAAGGAAAAGAACCACGUGAUCAAUUUGGAAAAGCAAGUCAGUUCUCUUGAGGCAAAGAUAUCCAACGUUCAAGCACAAAUUGAGGAAAGCAAGAGUUACAAACGUUCAAUGCUGAAUGAGCAACAUCAAAUGAAGUUACGAAUGGCUGCUCUUGAAAACGAUAGAGUUGUUAUCCAAGAUCAAAUUGAACAUAACAAAGCAGAAGUGAAGAGGUUGGUGAUGAAAAGACUCCAAAUGAUCAAACAGUCUCAAAACUUAGAACAUGCAAUUAAUUCAAUGCCAACUCCACCUUCUGAUAAUGUUUACUCAAAUUCAAGUUUUGAUCAUCAUUGGGUUUACUCAAAAUAAAAAUCAAAGGCAAUGAGCUCUGGGAGAUGUGCUUAGCUGCAAUGCAAAUUAAAUACACCACCAAAUUAGUACUAAGAGUUUGGCAAUUUACUUAAAUUUUUAUAAUGUUUGCUAACACCUUAAAGUUUGGAAACAUUUCAAGCAUUAUGACCUUGUUUGUUUUUUUAUUUUUACUU